AUGGAAGCCACUCCUCAAUGCAGAAACCAAACUGACAAUGAUUCCUUUGAUGAAAAUGGAAUCCUUUUACCAGGUCUACCUGAUGAUCUAGCUCAACGUUGCCUCUUUUCUCUUUCUCCUUCCCUUCUUUUCUCCGUUUGCCAUCCAUGGCGUCGCUUCCUUUACUCUCCAUCAUUCCCUCCCUUCUUCUCCCUCUAUGCUCUUGUUUCUCCUCUGCAAAAUUCCACUCCGAGACACCCUGGACAAGUUGUUCCUCAAAACACAAUUGAAUUCAUCUCCUUUGAUCCAAUCUCAUCAUCUUGGACACCCCUUCCUAGCCUUCCACAAGACCCUCCUCUUCAUCUCCUCCAUCGCCACCCUUCUUUUUUAUCCCGGAACCUUCCGAUACAAUCCUUGACAGUCUCCAAUCAUUUAAUACUCAUAGCUGCAACAAGUCACAAGCUUUUACCUGCACUUUCCAGCCCUUUAGUCUUCAACCCGGAGUCCAGCAGCUGGUUCUACGGCCCCCAAAUCUCCACCCCGCGGCGGUGGUGUGCUACAGGCUCAGUCCGAGGUGUGGUCUAUAUGGCAAGCGGCAUUGGCUCCCUUUACAAAGGCGAUGUGGCGAGGUCAUUGGAACAAUGGGACCUAAACAAGAAGAGAGAAAAUUGGAGAUGGGAAAACAAGGCAGAGCUUAAAGAUGGAAGGUUUAGCAGAGAAGCAGUGGAAGCAGUUGGAUAUAGAGGGAAGCUUUGCAUGGUUAAUGUCAAAGGCAAUGCAGUGAAACAAGGUGCAGUUUACGAUGUGGGAUUGGAUAAGUGGGAAGAGAUGCCUCAAGGCAUGGUUGCCGGUUGGAAUGGGCCGGCCGCCGCCAUGGAUGAAGAUGUGAUUUAUGUGGUUGAUGAAGUCAAAGGUAGCUUAAGCAGAUACGAUGGUGAAAGAGAUUGUUGGGUGAAAGUGAUUGAGUUGGAACAGCUCAAACGUGCAGAGCAGAUAGCAGCGGCGAGAGGGAAAAUUUGUGCAGUUUCAGGGAAUGGGGAAAGGAUUAUAGUGGUGGAUGUUGGGGAUAGGCCUGCCAGAUUUUGGGAGGUGGCGCCACCGCGUGGGUUGGAAGUGGUGGCGGUGCAUGUUUUGCCUAGGAUGUGUAGUAGACAACGCUAGAUAGUAUUU